AUGGGGACCGACAAGCAAAGUCGAAUGAGGGAGUACUAUGCGUUUGUGUUUCAUCUGGCUCUAUUGCUUUUUUUCGGAAACCAGGCUUUGGCUCAGACACGUUACACUAUUCCAGAGGAGGCAAGAGAAGGGACUGUUGUUGGAAAUGUUGCCAAGGAUCUUGGCCUCGAAAUCACAUCGUUAACUGAACGACGGCUCCGUGUUGUUUCUGGAACGAAGGAAACCUUUUUUGAGGUAAACCAGGACAAUGGGGCACUGCAUAUACACAAGAAAAUCGACAGAGAGCUUCUUUGUCACGGCAGUGGUGCAUGUCUACUGGAGCUAAAGAUCCUAGUUGAAAAUCCGUUGGAAAUGCACCAUAUUGUUGUAGAAAUCACGGAUGUAAAUGAUCAUUCCCCUAGUUUUCCUGAAAAAGAACAAUUAUUUGAGAUCGGUGAACAAACAUUACCAGGAAAGCGAUUUAAACUGCACACUGCUAGCGACCCCGAUGCUGGAGUUAACUCUAUUCGUACGUACACUUUAACGUCAAAUGAACAUUUUGAAGUUGAUAUCCGCCAAAGCGAUGAGGAUAAAAUACCAUUUUUAGUUCUGAAGAAAUCGUUGGACAGAGAACAAAAGAACAAACACACGCUGCUGGUUACUGCAGUUGAUGGAGGUAAACCUCCAAAAUCAGGCACACUUAAUGUUUCUAUUAUUGUGCUGGAUAGUAAUGAUAAUCGACCGAUGUUUAGUCAGGAGAUUUACCAAAUUGAAAUACAAGAAAACAUCCCAGUCGGUACAUUAAUAUUUAAAAUGAAUGCAACGGAUCCCGAUGAAGGCAUUAAUGGGGAAAUAGAAUAUAGCCUCGGAAAAACUCUGAACAAAAAAGUCUAUGACAUUUUUGAAUUGAACAAAUUAACUGGAGAAAUUAAAGUAAAAGGAAUGGUUGAUUAUGAAGAAAACGACGUUUAUAAACUCGAUGUUGAGGCAUCAGAUAAAGGAGCACCUCCACUGACAGGUGAGUGUAGAGUCGUGAUAAAGAUAUUAGACGUUAACGAUAAUCCACCGGAAAUAGAAAUUACAUCACUGUCUAAUACUGUGUCGGAAGACUCAAAGCUUGGCACAGUUAUUUCACUACUGAGUGUAACGGAUAAAGACUCCGGUGUCAAUGGAAAAAUAAUAUCAAGUAUAAAUUCAAACGUCCCCUUUGAAUUAAAGCCGUCCUAUAAGGAGAACAUUUAUUCAGUUGUCACUACAAAAAAUUUGAACCGAGAGCAGGUAUCCCAUUAUGAGAUAACAAUAAAAGCAACCGAUUGUGGGGAACAGCCCUUAUCUACUUUUAAAACACUACAUAUUAGAAUAUCAGAUGUAAAUGACAACAGUCCUUUUUUCUCCCAAAAUCCAAUAGAGUUUUAUUUGGUAGAAAAUAACGUUGCUGGAAUUUCAUUUUUUUCUGUAAGCGCAACGGACAAUGACUUAAAUGACAAUGCAGCUAUUGCAUAUCAAAUAGUGAGAGAAGGGAGUCAACAUGACAUAACGUCUUUCCUUAAUAUGAACUCUGAAACUGGAGAUAUUUCGGCGCUAAAAAGCUUUGACUUUGAGACUCUGAAAACUUUCCAGUUCCAAGUUGUCGCCACAGAUUCUGGAACUCCUUCACUAAGCAGCAACGUCACAGUGCACGUGUUCAUUCUGGAUCAGAACGACAACGCUCCAGUCAUCCUGUAUCCGGUCAGCUCUAACGGUUCUGCUGAAGGUGUGGAGGAGAUUCCCCGCAAUGUGAACGCAGGACACUUGGUAACUAAAGUCAGAGCCUAUGACGCUGACAUAGGAUAUAACGGCUGGUUACUGUUCUCACUGCAGGAAGUUACUGCCCACAGUCUCUUUGGUUUGGACCGCUAUACAGGACAGAUCAGAACACUUCGCUCAUUCACAGAGACGGACGAGGCUGAGCAUAAACUGCUCAUACUGGUGAAAGACAAUGGCAACGUUUCCCUGUCAGCAACAGCUACUGUGGUUGUUAAACUUGUGGAGCCCAGAGAGGCUUUUGCUGCUGCUGAUGUUAAA